AUGGAUGCUGUCCGCAUGAGUACUGCAGAGCUAGUGACGCCCCGCUCUACCAAGGUCAUUGUGGCGGUGGAGUGCCUCAAGCCUGGGCAGACAGCCUGCACGGCAGACAGCAGUGGCAACAUUGGAUCCGGCAACAGGGGCAAGCGCAACUUUGGCACCAACAAUGUAGGAGACGACAACAUUGGCUCUUCCAACUGGGGAGAUAAUAACAAGGGGACCAGCAACCGCUGCUUUGAUAAAGUGGGAGACCGCAAAGUGGUCAACGACUGCAAGCUGACAGAGUUUCUCCUUCCCUCCCCGACGGGCACCAUGACCUGGAAUGGCUUGAAGUUCAACUACGCCAUCGACACAGGGAGCUACAUAGCCAGUUCGCUGACCUUGGUGACAUUUGCAUCCGACAAUACCGUGCUGGGAACAUAUGCGGCAAAGCCCACCUCCACCGUGACCGAACGCACAGCCACUGCCCUUCCUGUUGUUGCCAAGCUCUUCGCUUACGCGAAGGGCUUUAGCAAGGCGGGGAGUGUGCGAACAUCUACCCUGAACAUCCUGGGUCUGUCCAUGGAUGCUGUCCGCAUGAGUACUGCAGAGCUAGUGACGCCCCGCUCUACCAAGGUCAUUGUGGCGGUGGAGUGCCUCAAGCCUGGGCAGACAGCCUGCACGGCAGACAGCAGUGGCAACAUUGGAUCCGGCAACAGGGGCAAGCGCAACUUUGGCACCAACAAUGUAGGAGACGACAACAUUGGUGAGUGGGGAGGUUCGGAUGCGGACAUCUUAUGUUGA